GGGAGAGCCGUUACCAUAGGUAGAAGCUCGCGGCUCUACUGAAAAUUGGUUUGGCGUUGUUCAUUUCUUUCGAGAUCCCGAAACGACGCCGUUGGAGCUGAAAUAUAAAAACUUUAAUUUAGAAAAUCUAAUUUUUAAAUGUGAGAAAACCGGGUGACCAGAUCGACGUUCCUUCUUCUUCGUACGAAGAAGAGAACCCGGCCAGCUUUGCGUCUGAAGCUCCUUACUGCGAUUCUGGUCUCGCAGGUAGAUAACUGAGGGGAAUUUGGUCAGUGUUUCAAUGCGGUCGGGUUAAUGUUGUUUUGUGCAAAAAAUGUUCUGAAAUCCAAAGGGUAGACUCUGGUUGAUGAGUUAGAAUCACUAGAGAUGAAAUCAUUGCAAACGACCUUUGUGAUUUUCAGCUUCUUAUUCUUCUUCUACUCUCUGGAUGUUCUUGUGCUUUCUUCCCGUACAAUUUCCUCCGAUCCUUGUGAUCCUACAGCUCAGCAGGACCCAAGAACUCUCCGCUCGGACCAACUAACAGUCCUCAUCAAUGGCUACUCUGAGUCACGCAUCCCUCUCCUCCAAUCCAUUGUCACCACAUAUGCAGCCUCUUCUCUGGUGUCAUCAAUUCUUGUACUUUGGGGAAACCCUUCAACCCCAUCCCAAACCUUGGUCCAACUUGCCCACAAUCUCACACAUUCCUCGUUUGGCUUUAAUAGCAUCUCCUUAAUCCGCCAUUCAUCAAACAGUCUCAAUAACCGGUUCCUCCCCAGACCCUCAAUUAAGACCCGAGCUGUGUUGGUGUGUGAUGAUGACGUUGAAGUUGAUUCCAAAUCCUUUGAAUUUGCAUUUAAAAUGUGGGGAUCGAAUCCUGAUCGUCUCAUUGGGUUCUUUGUCAGAUCACAUGACAUAGACUUAUCGAAGAAAGAGUGGAUUUAUACUAUGCAUCCAGACAAAUACUCAAUCAUGCUCACUAAGUUUAUGAUUUUGAAAAGUAAGUAUUUGUUUCAGUACAGCUGUGCAAGAGGGCCUGUGAUGGCCAACAUGAGGAAGAUCGUGGAUAAGAUGCAUAAUUGCGAGGACAUAUUAAUGAAUUUUGUGGUCGCGGAUGAGGUAAAUGCAGGACCUAUAUUGGUGGGUGCCAAGAGGGCCAGGGAUUGGGGGGAUGCACGCAAUGAUCAUGAUCAUAUGGAUGGUCAAGGAAGGCGAGGAUUGAUUGGGGAAGUUGCGCAGGUGGGUUUGAGUAGUAGGAAAGAGAAGCAUAGGAAGAGAAGAGGGGAGUGUAUAGGUGAGUUUCAUAGGGUCUUGGGGAGAAUGCCUCUGAGGUAUAGCUAUGGGAAGGUUGUCAAUUCUGUUGGUGAACAAGGGCUGUGUCAAAAAGGAGGGAAAUUGGUGCUUUGUGAUCAAUCAUAGUUGGUUUUUCCUAUUCUGGGGGAGCAAAAUUUGCGGCCUAAGAUCAAGAACUGAGUGAUAUCUACUUUCCUUAUUUAUUUUGGUCCUUUAAAAAAUUUUAAGUAACAGGUUCUGUAGUUAUGAGCAUUAUGAUGCUACCUUAUGAAUGUACUUCUCAUGUUCUCUGCUAACCUUAUCUGUCUCAUGUUUGACGUUGUUGUCAAAAUGGAUUGGAUGACUGCUGUAUAACCUGUACUACAUUGAAUCAUACCACCUGUGAAACAAAUGGUCUCGUAUCUUUGUACUUCUACAUUCUAUUAAAGAACUGAAGGGUUAUUGUUUCUCU